CAGCCUUAUCACAAGUUGGAGCAAGCCACCAUGGCUCGUGUGAGCAACAAAAUCAUAGCAACCAUCAAUUUCCUAGCGUUCCUGUUAUCCCUCUGGAUUCUAAGGCAGGGCAUAUGGCUGGCUAACAAAGGCACCACAGACUGUGAAAGGUUCCUGCAAUGGCCUGUCAUAGGACUAGGGGCCUUUGUUAUGCUGCUGUCUGUAGCAGGUUUUGUGGGUGCAUGCUUCAGGUUAACAUGGGCCUUGUCUCUGUAUCUGGUUCUGCUGUCUUCCCUCAUAGUUUUGAUGUUGAUUGGCUUCAUUGUCUUUGCAUUUUCUGUGACUUAUAAAGGUGAUGGGAGGAACGUUGAGGGAAGAGAGUAUAAGGAGUAUAGGCUGGGAGAUUAUUCAAAGUGGUUGCAGGGUCAAGUAGAUAAGAACUACAGUUGGAACAAGAUAAAGAGCUGCUUAAAAGAAGCUCGUAUUUGCAAGAGUUUAGCAGAGAAUGAAGUUAAUGCUGUUGCAGAGCAGUUCUAUAAAACCCAUUUAUCACCCAUUCAGUCUGGUUGCUGCAAGCCUCCAACUUCAUGCCAAUUCAAAUACAUAAAUGCUACAGUAUGGGAGAAAAAACCAGAGCCCAUAAACAACACAGAUCCAGAUUGUAAAACAUGGAGCAACAAUCAGGAUAUUCUUUGCUAUGACUGCAAAUCAUGCAAAGCAGGUGUGGUGGACAACCUCAAGAGGGACUGGCGCAAACUUAUCAUCUCUGCUCUAGCAGUAACAGUUGCACUGAUUGCCAUCUACUCCGCUGGCUGCCGUGCCUGCAUCAACAACAGCAAAGAAAAGGAGUUUGAAUAUGCUGUUUAUAGGAUGACUCUGAGAUGCGAGAUCUUGAAGUUCAAAGAUUUUGGAGUGCUACACCCUUGAUCUUAGUGUAUACAUAGGGUUAUGAGUAGUUGACUUGUGGCUACCUCAUCUCUUAACUCAUACUAUCAUUAUUAUAUUGUUAUUUAACUAUUUAGAUCGACCUAGGGCUUAUGUGUCAUUAUAUAAUUCGGCUUAGGUGAUAUCCUAGGUGCAAGAAGGGUGUAUAUAUAGGAGGCAUUGAUUCAUCAUUAGUUUGCAAAUUGUUUUCGUAUUAGAGAUAUCUAGAGGGUUUUCUUCCAUAAAGUGGCUUAUUAUUCUUAUUGAUUAUAAAGUAUUUGUAUAAUAUUUCAUAUUAUCUUCCUCUUUUAUACAAUUUAUUUAAUAACAAUUGGUAUCAAAGCAUUAUCUUGCACCAUGAAGGAAAGACAUUUUUUAAAUUUUGGAAGUCA